GCUCUAGUCUUCUGUGUCUGUCUGUCUGUCUGUCUGUGACUCUGUCGUUUUAUUACCCAUUUUUUGGUUGCGUAACAGAAACAGAACAAACUCCACACUCCAGGCGCUUUUGCGGGUUUUAAGGGAUUUCGCCGCUUUGAAAGAGAGAAAGAAACUCUCUUUGAGACUCCAGCUGGGGCUCCAUCUCUGAAGCUUACUCUGGUUUCUUUUUUUUAUUUUCUGGGUUAUAGAUUAUCCCAUCUGCAAUCUGAUUGGGUUGAGAAGAAAUGGCGAGGUUUCCGCUUCAAGAUCUGUGAUUCAUUCUUUUAAUCAUGGCAACAUGUACUUGUUCCACCACCCGAGUUACUUAAGUGAAAGGUUUCGGGUAAUCCGAUCUGUUUUUACUUGCUUGGGUGGUGGAGGGGUUGAGGGGGUUCCAUGAAAACGUCUGUGAAAAAUGAUGUCUCUCAUUCCAGGCGUCUGGUUAAGUUCUGUUGCUUAUUUUCCCCCAAUUUAGGAGCAAUCUAUGGGCGGUCUCCCGAUUUGCCCGCUCCGAUGAAGAGGUCUGUUCGUCCACUGUUCAGUCUCCUGCUCCUUGUUGUGAUUGUGACCACGCUGAGCUGUAGAACCGCCAUUCGCCGGAGUUUCGGUUACUUUCAGCUGGAAAACGAUGUCACAGUGAAACUGGCAGUGCCGGUGUUCAACUCGACGCUGCUCAGGCAUGCGGCGAUUGAUAUGGGAGAGGCGCAGGCCAAGCAAGAAGUCGAGCAGUUGCUAGAAGGGAACUUUGGCGCCCCAGGGGGUGGCCGCUCGAUCUCAUCGUGGCAGCGUCUGAAUCACCUUGACGUUCGGAGUAGACCUUCUGUUAGCAAAUUGCCAAUCAACUUUCGUUCCCCAAAGUAUUACAGGCUCUGGUUGGAUUUCCGGAGAAUCCUCCGUGAUUGGUCCAGGAACAAGCGCUAUCAACCGGAGAUCAUGUCGGAGUUGAUCAGCCUGGUGAAACGGCCUCUUGAUAGACACUAUGGGUUCGGUGAUUCCGACCGGCCAUAUGCUUCUUGUGCGGUUGUUGGGAACAGUGGGAUUUUACUGAAGUCUGAGUAUGGGGGGUUGAUUGACAGCCACGAGAUUGUGAUCCGCCUGAACAAUGCCAGGACUGAGGGGUUUCAACGAAAUGUAGGGUCGAAAACCAGUAUCUCAUUCGUGAACAGCAAUAUAUUGCAUCUAUGUGCCAGAAGAAAUGGCUGCUUCUGCCACCCUUAUGGCGAAACUGUUCCGAUCGUUAUGUACAUUUGCCAACCGGUGCAUUUCCUGGAUUACACUCUCUGCAAUUCCUCUCACAAGGCUCCGUUGCUAGUUACAGAUCCGCGGUUCGACGUCUUGUGUACUCGGAUUGUGAAGUACUACUCCAUGAAACGGUUCUUAGAAGAAACGGGGAAGUCCCCUGAAGAAUGGGGUCCUACCCAUGAUGGUGCUAUGUUCCAUUAUUCUUCUGGUAUGCAAGCUGUCAUGCUAGCACUGGGAAUUUGUGACAAAGUUAGUAUGUUUGGUUUUGGGAAAUCGGUGGAAGCAAAACAUCAUUAUCAUACCAACCAAAAGGCAGAACUUCAUUUGCAUGAUUAUGAAGCAGAGUAUGCCUUUUACAACGAUUUGGUUGAGAGACUGCAGGCAAUACCAUUCCUCGCAGACAAAUUCAAGGUUCCUUCUGUAGCAAUAUAUUAUUGAGUUGUUUCCUGGUGCAACUUUCUGUGUUUGUGAAAUCUUAAAUCUAAUUGUUGGUCAUCAAACUCUGGUUUGUUAGAACUGUAUUAGUGGUUUCCCAUGACUCGAAAAGGAGUCACAGAUUGACAUGACAUGUAUAAAACUGCUAUUCCCAAAUUUGGAUUGGGAUUGAAAUUGCUGUAAAGGAAACACUUCAAUUCACAAAGGAUAAAUCUCAUCUUCUGUCCGGCACCAAUUUUUGUCA